GCCGUUGGCAGCAAGUGCUACACCGAGAAGGAAGGGAGCAAGCAGACAUAUUAUGUCUGCAUGGCUGCCAAGGACGCGGAGUCGACAUCAACGGCUUCGACCAUGUUCCGGGAAAGAGUGCCGUGUGGCUGCCGAAGCGAGCACGAGCUGGAUGUCUCGGCACCGGAGAAGUAAAAAGUAGUAGGUGAAAUAAGGAGAUGGAGAACAUAGAGAUGAAGGGAGAAGAUAGACAUAGAGUUGAAAGGCGAGCGUAGAGGUGAAGGGAGAACAUAAGUAGAAGGCACUGUAGUUGUACUAAGUUAGUUGGUACUAGAACAGAAUGUAUGUACAUGACAAGAAGGUAGCGAAGGAAGAUGAAAGAGGAUCUACUUCCAGCGAAAAAAGAAAUCUGUAUAUUUAUUUCGAAGUGAAGUAUUCACAGUUGAGAACUUUCAGUUCGUUGCGUAAUAUCAGUUUUGAAUUUCAAGAAAAAUGUACUUCAUUACCACUUCUAUUGUCAUCUAACGAACUAUUAAUGAAAUCUAGAACAUCUUGGAUUUCGCUUAUCAGCAUCUGCAUGUAUUUCCUGAAUAUUUGGCAACUUGAUGAAACUGGAGGAACUGGACACCGGCGCAUCUACUUGCGACGUAUAAUUGACAAUCCGUUAGCUGCAACAUGGAUUCAUACCUAG